UCCUCUCAAGGAUUACAGAGCUUGUAAUUUUCCAACAAUGGAGGUAAACAACCCAGAUUUAUCUAAUGGUUCUUUCUUAUCUCUUUUAAUGGCUCCAGAUUCGUCUCCUGAACUCUUUAAUCAUCUGGAAAAUCCUUUUUCCUACAACUAUAAUCAUGCUUAUGACUAUAGUAUCAAUCCAGUAGUUCAUGAAAUACCAUCUCAAAUGGUUCCGAAUCCGUUGUACUUCUUCCAUGAACUUCAACCAUCGCCGAUAUCAGAGAUUUUUCCGGAAUCUUACGAUCCUUCUUUACCAAAUCUUCUUUCACUCGAGAAUGAAAUCCAAUUGCAACCGCCAGAAACAAUCAAAGAUAAUUAUACACUAGAUUCAAUCCUCGAAAACUAUGUAAAAACCUCAAGGUCAAAUCAAAAGAGAAGGAAGAACAACAAUGAAACGAAGAAGAAUAUUAGGCAUAAAAUGAGUGAGAAGAUAUACUCAUUAGGAAAACUGUUACCAGGAGGUCAUCGUCAUCGGAAAAACACGGCAGCCAUGUUAGAGGAAGCAGAGAAGUACGCUAAAUUUCUUGAAGCACAAGUUGAAGCAUUGAAAUGUAUGCCAACUGAGUCGAAACUCAGUGAGUUAAGUGAACUCGGAGGGAAUCAUGAGUUGGGAAAACUGAGUAGACAACAAGUGUUGCAAAUUGUAGUGAACUCGCCAAAAGCUCAAAUGGUUAUGGCUGAUAAUGGAUGGUGUCUAGUUUCUGCUGAACAAAUUGAAUUGAUGAAGAGGAUUGAAGCAAGGCAGAAGGUUAUUCAGCAACUUAUGAAUAAUAUUCCACUCUAAAAUUUGAUUUAAUUUAAUGUUUUUGGUAGAUAUGAACACAAACAUAUGUUCUCCAAAUGGAUGUUAAUUGAAUCAUAUAUCGUAUAAAUAUAAACUUCUGUGGCAGAGUAGAAGUAUAUAUGAUUAUGUUUUGUCUAUCUGAAGUUGGUGCGAGUUAUUUUUAGAUAUAAUUUUGUUUUUGUAGGUCAAAUAUAGAUGUGUAAAUUAGUAGAAUGUUAAAGAAAUUAUUUUUUAACAUUUAAGUAAAAUCGUAUUCAUAUUUAUAUU